AUGACAUCCCUCCAUUCCAAUUAUACAAAGUGUAUGAACAUCAAUAUUCCAGAAGAAAUUUUCUUUACUAUCUCAGCAGUUGGCAUUCUGGAAAAUGUUCUUGUCCUCAUUGCUGUGAUCAAAAACAAAAACCUUCACCUACCCAUGUAUUUUUUUAUUUGUAGUUUAGCGGUUUCUGAUAUCCUAGCAAGUCUGUAUAAAAUUCUGGAGAGCAUUAUGAUAAUUCUGGUCAGAGUUGGUCAUCUACAAAAAGAAGGUCUAUUUGAGCAAAAGUUGGAUGAUGUUAUGGACUGGUUUUUUGUAUUGUCACUACUUGGGUCAAUAUUCAGCCUGUCUGCUAUUGCAGCAGAUCGAUACAUAACUAUCUUUUAUUCCCUUCGUUACCACAACAUAAUGACUCUUAGAAGAGCUUGGAUCAUCUUGGCCACAAUCUGGAUAUUUUGUGGUGGAUGUGGAAUAGGUAUACUGAUCAAUUUCCAUGAUACAGUAACAAUAUUGCUUUUUUACUGUAAUGUUCCUUCUGUUGUUAGUGUUUAUGCCCAGUCCCAUGCCAAAAAAAUUGCUUCACUCUCAGGUCAAUGGAAUUCAAUGCAACAAAGGACAAACAUGAAAGGAGCAAUUACACUGACCAUUUUACUGGGAGUAUUCAUUUGCUGUUGGUCUCCAUUUUUUGUUCACCUUCUUUUAUUCUCAUUUUGUCCAAACAAUCCUUACUGUGCUUGUUACAUGUCAACUGUAUAUAUAAAUUGCACCCUCAUUUUGUGCAAUUCUGUCAUUGACCCAUUAAUUUAUGCGUUCAGGAGUCCAGAGUUGCAAAGCACAUUCAAGAAAAUGCUGUGUUGUUGA